GUACAUGACACGCUGCCAGUCUAUUUAAUCGGAAGCCUCUUAUUUAUUCGACAGAAAUGGCUGGUUUCAGUAGUGCCCUACAAUUGACAGAUUUAAACGAUUUUAUAACUCCAUCACAGGAAUGUAUUAAGCCAGUGAAAAUCGAUCGCACAGCAGGAAAAGUUGGAAAAAUAAGAAUAGAAGAUGAUGGGACAUACUACAAUGUUUCUGAUACUGGUGUGGAAACAAAGCUCCAGAAGGCACAAAUUACCCUGAAUGACUGCCUGGCAUGUAGUGGGUGCAUCACGUCGGCAGAGAGUGUGCUCAUAACGCAACAGAGCCAGGACGAGCUGUACAGAGUACUGCAGGAGAAUAUGGCUCAUAUUGCGAACAAUGAGUCGUUCAAGUUAGUUGUGGUCUCUGUCUCUCCCCAAGCACUUGCCUCCCUAGCUGCCAAGUACAGUCUGUCAAUGGCAGAUGCAAAUAGAAAGCUGGUGGGUUUCUUCAAGAAACUAGGUGUACACCAUGUGUUCGACACAACAUUUUCACGCAACUUUAGUCUGCUAGAGAGUUGCCGAGAGUUUGUAAGACGUUAUAAAGAGUCAGAGGUCAACAAGAAGGUGCUCCCCAUGUUGGCAUCCGCUUGCCCUGGUUGGAUCUGCUACGCUGAGAAGACACACGGGUCCUACAUUCUCCCGUACAUCAGCACAGUAAAGUCUCCCCAACAGAUCAUGGGAUCUUUAGUCAAGGACUACUUUGCAAGAUGUAUGGGUGCCACACCAGACAACAUCUACCACGUCACUGUGAUGCCUUGCUUUGAUAAGAAGCUAGAGGCCUCCAGGUCAGAUUUCUACAAUGAUGUGUAUUCCACGCGAGACGUGGACUGUGUGAUAACCUCAGGGGAGGUGGAUUUGAUGCUUGCAAAGGAGAACAUAUCACUGGCUGAUGUUGAGGAUGGGACCUUGGACACUCUGUUUGGUGCAGAUGCGAUGGUGGGACACACAGGCGGGGGUUCGGGAGGAUACCUGGAACAUAUAGCGCGCUAUGCUGCAGGGCAGAUACUGGGGACAGAGCUACAGAAGCUUAACUUUAAAAGUUUAAGAAAUCAAGAUUUCCAAGAAGUAACCAUUGAAGCAGACGGCAAGCCAACCCUCAAGAUGGCGCUAGCCUACGGCUUCCGAAACAUCCAAAAUAUCGUGCAGAAGAUAAAACGCAACAAAUGUCCGUACCAUUUUGUUGAAAUCAUGGCCUGUCCGUCUGGCUGCACAAAUGGUGGAGGUCAGAUCAGACUUGCAGAAGGGGAGAGCACUCUUAAAGACAGACUGGCAGAUGUGACUGGUUUGUAUAAUUCCGUGCCAGUCCAGAGUCCCUGGAGUGUGGAAAGUGUAACCAGUCUGUAUGAGGAAUGGCUAGGUGGAGUGGACAGUGAGAAAUGUAGGCAGAUGUUGCACACGCAGUAUCAUGAAGUGGAGAAGAUGACAAAUGCUUUGACGAUAAAAUGGUGAUAUUUGUUAUGUAUAUUUUUAUGUUAGAUGAUUGGAGUGAUUUUAGCCUUGCCCUUGGAAGAAAGAGUUAAAUGCAUGUUUGUAAAGUAUUGUCCCAGAUGAGCAUGUGCAAUUCGGUAAACUGCGCUUUCCCAUAAAGGAAAAAAAAAAUUACCAAUUGUUGUCCCAAUUGAAGAUUUCUAAAAAAAACAAACUUUGUUUUUUUUAGCUCAUCUAUUUUUUGAAAAAAAAUUAUUAGCUCAUCUAUUUUUUGAAAAAAAAUUAUGAGCUAUUGUCAUCACCUUGGCGUCGGCGUUGGCGUCGGCGUCCGGUUAAGUUUUGCGUUUAGGUCCACUUUUCUCAGAAAGUAUCAAUGCUAUUGCAUUCAAACUUGGUACACUUACUAACUAUCAUGAGGGGACUGGGCAGGCAAAGUUAGAUAACUCUGGCGUGCAUUUUGACAGAAUUAUGUGCCCUUUUUAUACUUAGAAAAUUGAAAAUUUUGGUUAAGUUUUGCGUUUAGGUCCACUUUUCUCAUAAAGUAUCUAUGCUAUGGCAUUCAAACUUGGUACACUUACUUACUAUCAUGAGGGGACUGGGCAGGCAAAGUUAGAUAACUCUGGCGUGCAUUUUGACAGAAUUAUGUGCCCUUUUUAUACUUAGAAAUUUGAAAAUUUGGUUAAGUUUUGUGUUUAGGCCCACUUUAUUCCUACAGUAUCAAAGCUAUUGCUUUCAUACUUGCAACACUUAUUAACUAUCAUAAGGGGACUGUGCAGGCAAAGUAAUGUAACUCUGACUGGCAUUUUGACAGAAUUAUGUGCCCUUUUUAUACUUAGAAAAUUGAAAAUUUGGAUAAGUUUUGUUUUGGUCCACUUUACCCCUAAAGUAUCAUAGAUAUUGCUUUCAUACUUGCAACACUUAUUAACUAUCAUAAGGGGACUGUGCAGGCAAAGUAAUGUAACUCUGACUGGCAUUUUGACAGAAUUAUGUGCCCUUUUUAUACUUAGAAAAUAGAAAAUUUUGGUUAAGUUUUGCGUUUAGGUCCACUUUUCUCAUAAAGUAUCUAUGCUAUGGCAUUCAAACUUGGUACACUUACUUACUAUCAUGAGGGGACUGGGCAGGCAAAGUUAGAUAACUCUGGCGUGCAUUUUGACAGAAUUAUGUGCCCUUUUUAUACUUAGAAAUUUGAAAAUUUGGUUAAGUUUUGUGUUUAGGUCCACUUUAUUCCUACAAUAUCAAAGCUAUUGCUUUCAUACUUGCAACACUUAUUAACUAUCAUAAGGGGACUGUGCAGGCAAAGUAAUGUAACUCUGACUGGCAUUUUGACAGAAUUAUGUGCCCUUUUUAUACUUAGAAAAUUGAAAAUUUGGUUAAGUUUUGUUUUGGUCCACUUUACCCCUAAAGUAUCAUAGAUAUUGCUUUCAUACUUGCAACACUUAUUAACUAUCAUAAGGGGACUGUGCAGGCAAAGUAAUGUAACUCUGACUGGCAUUUUGACAGAAUUAUGUGCCCUUUUUAUACUUAGAAAAUUGAAAAUUUUGGUUAAGUUUUGCGUUUAGGUCCACUUUUCUCAUAAAGUAUCUAUGCUAUGGCAUUCAAACUUGGUACACUUACUUACUAUCAUGAGGGGACUGGGCAGGCAAAGUAAGAUAACUCUGGCGUGCAUUUUGACAGAAUUAUGUGCCCUUUUUAUACUUAGAAAUUUGAAAAUUUGGUUAAGUUUUGUGUUUAGGUCCAGUUUAUUCCUACAGUAUCAAAGCUAUUGCUUUCAUACUUGCAACACUUAUUUACUAUCAUAAGGGGACUGUGCAGGCAAAGUAAUGUAACUCUGACUGGCAUUUUGACAGAAUUAUGUGCCCUUUUUAUACUUAGAAAAUUGAAAAUUUGGUUAAGUUUUGUUUUGGUCCACUUUACCCCUAAAGUAUCAUAGAUAUUGCUUUCAUACUUGGAACACUCGCAAACUAUCAUAAGGGUACAGUAAAAGGACAAGUUGCAUAACUCUGGUUGUCAUUUUUACGGGAUUAUGGCCCUUUUUUGACUCAGUAACUUUGAAUAUAUGGUUAAAUUUUGUGUUUCGAUCCACUUUACUUCUUAAGUGACCCAAGGCUAUUGCUUUCAAACUUCAAAUACUUUCAUGCUAUCAUGAGGUUACUGUACCUGGCAAGUUGAAUUUUACCUUGACCUUUGAAUGACCUUGACUCUCAAGGUCAAAUUAUUAAAUUUUGCUAAAAUUGCCAUAACUUGUUUAUUUAUGAUUAGAUUUAAUUGAUACUUUUACAAAACUACUCUUACCUGACAUACCACAAUAGACUCCACCCAAACCAUCCCCUGUGCCCACCCCACCCCCAAUUUUUUUUUUGAAACGGUUAAAAAACACAAAUAUUUAUUUUUAUUAUUUUAUGUUUGAAAUACCGUCCAACCAUCGCACCCAAGAAUCCCCC